AACAAAACACCGACUGACCAAGGAGGUUUUUAUGUACGUUCUUUGUGAAAUAAACCUUAGAAAAGGACUUAGGAGUACAUAUAUACCUCUAAUUUUGAGGCUAGCUGCAACGCUGGAGAUAUCAGUAGGUGGCGGUUACCAGUGGCAAACUGGCGGCGCACACACAGCAGCAAUGGGGCACAGUACUCUGUCGAAGAUAUUUCGCAGCACAUUAUCAUCGAAGGAAGAAACUCUAUGCAACCAAUGGAUAUCUUUUGAAAAAAACUUCCAGCCGUGCAAAGAGUGGUUCUAUGAAAAAUAUAACUUUCCUGGAAUUGUUGGUGCCGUAGAUGGUACUCAUUUAAUGCUGUUGAGACCUAUUGAGAAUGAACAUAUAUAUAUUACUUCAACAGGAAAGGAAAGCAUAGUAUAAACGCGAUGAUUGUAAAUAUAUACUUACACUAGCACAUAAUCCAUCAUUCUUGGAGUUAUCGUACUCGACAUUUUUUAUUGCAGAUAUGUGACCAUAAAUUAAGAAUAAAAGCUAUAUGCCCACAGUACGGAGGGGCUGCGCGUU